AUGCGCUGCUUCGUUGCUUUGCAAUUUCCUUACACUCAAACUUAUUCUCAACUCCAUGAAAAAUUUGGAAAAGGCUUGACUUCAGACUCUCAAUAUCGAGGAAGACUCUCUUUAUUUGGCCAUUGCAUGAUAGAUGUUCCGAUGCCUGGUGUACUUAAGCUCUUAGUAACAGAUGUAAUGCACCCUUUCUUUAUUUUUCAGAUUUUUAGUAUUGGCCUAUGACUAUGGGAAGAGUACUAUUAUUAUUCUGUUGCCAUUUUUGUAUGUUCAAUUGCAGCUCUCUGUGCAAGCUUAAUAGAGACUAGAAGCAGUAUCAAGGCUGUGAGAGAAUUGGCAAUGUAUGAGUGCUCAAUGACAGUUUUUAGAAAUGGGUGCUGAAGCGAGCAGAAAAGCCACAGUGUAGUACCUGGAGACUUGGUGAAAAUUCCAUUAAAUAUCCAGCUGCCUUGCGAUAUUGUGCUAACAAAAGGAAUAUGCUUAGUUGAUGAAUGUAUGCUUACUGGAGAGUCCCAACCAGAGCUAAAAGACGCUCUCCCAGUUUCAAAUCAGCUUAUUUAUAUAAAUGAUAAAAGGUAUACUUUGAGUUCAGGAACUGUUCCUUUAACACUUAGAGGUGACCCAGAAGGAAUUGUAAUUGCGACUGGUUUUUCAACAGCAAAAGGAGAGCUUGUGAAGUCUAUUUUAUUCCCAAAGCCGAAUCGUUUCAAGUUUUAUACUGAUUCUUUCAAGUUUAUUGGACUUAUGUCAUUAUUCGGUCUAUUUGGGUUUUUAUGAUAUUUAGGAAACUACAUACAAGAUGGAGAAAGCUUGGUAGAUACGCUGAUGAGCUGUUUUGACUUACUCCCCCUUCGUGAGCGAAUAAAAAAAUAUUAUUUACUCAACUCAUGGAGAGGGUUAACUUUUUUUUAAAAAUCCCAAUGAGAAAUAUUGGAAAGAAAAUAUUUAUUUAAUUUGUAAAAUUUAUGAUUUAAAAUGCAAGCUCUUUAAAAUUAAACAGAAUUAGCUGGAGAUUUCAUUAUACUAAAUAUCACUUAUAUAUCAAAAAUUUUUAGAUUAAAUAAUAUUUUGUCGCUCACGGAGGGUGGGCUUUGGAGGAGGGGAGCUAGUGACAACUAUAGUUCCUCCAGCGUUACCAUUAGCUAUGAGUGUGGGAAUGGCCUUUGCUGUGGUGAGAUUGAAGGAAAAGAAGAUAAUGUGUAUUUCUCCACCAUCUGUUAACGCAGCUGGAAGAGUUUCUAUUAUUUGUUUUGAUAAAACUGGAACUCUUACUGAAGAUUCAAUGACACUUAAAGGAGUUUGGGAGCCAUCAAAUCAAGAAAUCCAUGAAGACUUGACCACCUGCCCUUAUGAGCUGCAAGAAAGCAUGGCUUCAUGCCAUUCUUUGAUAAUUCUUGAUGAUCAUCUCGUGGGUGAUCCACAAGAAGUCGCGAUUUUCAACAGGUUGAACUGAAAAUGAACUGAAAGCGAAGAAUACAGAUUUGUAGUUACCAAUGGGCAACAUGAAGCAAAGGUUAAGCAUUUGUAUCACUUUACUUCACUUUUAAAGCGAAUGGGCGUAAUCAUUGAGCACAAUUGCCACCUAAAGCUGCAUAUGAAAGGUGCUCCUGAAGUCAUAAUUCCACUGUGCAUUAAUGUUCCUGAUAAUUUAAGCAAACAAAUUUUCCAUUAUACCAAGCAAGGAUUAAGGGUAUUAGCUUGUGCUACAAAAACUCUUCAGACCUUUGAUAGCCAUCAAAGUCUUAGUGAAAUUGAAAAUGGGCUGACUUUUCUAGGGCUGCUAAUCUUGCAGAAUCAUUUGAAGCCUGAAUCAAAAGAAACUAUACAAACUCUGCUAAAAGCUGAAGUAAAAUGCGUUAUAUCAACUGGAGAUGCACUGCUGACUGGGCUAUCAGUGGCGAAGGAAUGCGGGCUUGUGCCUGAAGGAAACAAAGUUCUUAUUGGAGACCUGAUUAAUGAAAAGCCUCACUGGGAAGAUGAUGAAGGAAAUACCUGCGAGCUGACAAAUGAAAAAGGAACAUCAUUAGCGCUUACAGGCAAUUUAUUGCAGCACUAUAUUUCUUACAUGGAUCCUAUAGUAUCAAUCUUCAAGGAUCAAGCUGUCAUUUUUGGAAGAAUGUCACCACAGCAGAAAAUUUUGGUUAUAGAGCAGCUUCAAUAUUCUGAUCUACUUGUUGCCAUGGUGGGAGAUGGUGCCAAUGACUGUGGAGCCUUAAAAGCAGCAGACGUAGGACUAAGCUUGAGUGAAGCUGAAGCAUCAAUUGCUGCCCCUUUUACUGGGAAGAAGCUAAACAGCAUUAUAGAAGUGCUAAAAGAAGGAAGGGCUUCCUUGGUUACUUCUUUUCAAGCCUUUAAGUUUAUAGCCUUCUACAGCAUGAUUGAAUUUGUCUUAGAAAACAUAUAUAUUAAUAUGGUUUGGGAUACAACCCACCCUCUUAAUUCCUGUAGAUAACACCCCACAGGUGCGCAGGGACCCUGAGGAAGGGACAAUAACGUUAGGGAAUUUGUAUCCGGCCAGUUUUUAGUUUGAUGAAGCGCAAUGCUGGGUAGCUGGUCGCAUGCUUUACAAUAAUACAUAGUUAUUUCCUCAGUGUGAAAGUUGGAAAGGGAUUCUCACAGUAGAGUUAAGAGUACCUUUGGCGAAUUGAGACUGCUUCCCAACGGGAAUCAGAAGCUAUGCACUGGGCUUAGAAUUUCCAUUUUGGCCGAGAGUCAACCAGAAAAUUUGACAUUUUGAAUUUUCCAUAGCGGACAACCUUUGUUGAUGCACGACACGCUGACACAAUUAUCCAAUUACAGGGUAGCAAGCGCUAGCCCUUGUCCUUGGAGUAUUCUUUGCAAGAUCGUUUACGAGCGGGGGAGCAGGAGAAGGGGCACGAGCAGCCCUUCAGGAACUAUAGUGAGCUUCUCUAUAAGUUUAAUAAAUCUAAAGGCAAGUUCUUAGAAAACGUUCUUUUUAUUCACCAAAACAAUAUGCUAGACAGACAGUUUAUGUACAUUGAUUUAGUUUUGAUACUCAUUUUAGCGAUCACUAUGUCAUAUACUCGUGCAUAUGAUAAAUUAGCGACUGAGUUGCCCCCAGGAGUCUUGUUUUCCCUUGAAAUUACAGUUCCCAUCUUUAUGCAAGCUUGCAUUUUGAUGGGAAUCCAAUGGGCUGCUUAUUACAGUUUGCAGUAUCAGAGCUGAUAUAGUGUUCCCAAAGAUACCUCCGUAGUGUGGGCAAGCGAGGUCCCUGACAAUACAGUCCUUUUUCUUACUGGAGCAGCUGAAGUUUUAUUUACAUGCAUCGCUCUAAACGAUGGUCCUCCCUUCCGCAUGCCAUUUAGAAGUAACUAUUGGUUCACUGGCUUUGCUAUUUUCUUUUCCUUCAUGCAGGUUUAUAUGACAUUAGUAGCAGAUGAAGUAACAAGAGAAAUUUUCCAAAUGGUCUAUCUUGAGCUCGACUAUAAGCUUCAGCUAGAAGCUAUACUUUUAGGAGGCUUUGCUAUCAUUUUUAUAUUUGAAAGAUAUAUUGUGCCAAUCUUGAGCAGAAAACUAAGAACUAUCAAUUGCAAGAGAAAGGUAAUUUAA